AUGGCGAGCCUUUUAAACCAAAGCGACUUGUGGCAGGUGAUCAACGACUCCUGGUCCAACCUGAGCGUCCUCAGCGGGCCGAACCAGACGAACCCCCUGAAGAGGAACGAGGAGGUGGCCAAGGUGGAAGUGACCGUGCUGGCCCUGGUGCUCCUCCUGGCGCUGACGGGCAACCUGUGCGUCCUGGUGGCCAUCCACAGCGUCAAGCACUCCCAGUCCCGCAUGUACUACUUCAUGAAGCACCUAAGCAUCGCCGACCUGGUGGUGGCCGUCUUCCAGGUGCUGCCCCAACUCAUCUGGGACAUCACCUUCCGCUUCUACGGCCCGGACCUGCUGUGCAGGCUGGUCAAGUACCUGCAGGUGGUGGGCAUGUUCGCCUCCACCUACAUGCUGGUGCUCAUGUCCGUGGACAGGUGUCUCGCCAUCUGCCAGCCUCUGCGCUCCUUGCACCGCAGGAAGGACCGCUUCUACGUGGUGUUCUCCUGGAGCCUCAGCAUGCUCCUCAGCGUGCCGCAGAUGUUCAUCUUCUCCCUGACGGAGGUGGGCUCGGCCGGCUCCGGGGUGUACGACUGCUGGGGGGACUUCGUGGUGCCAUGGGGCGCCAAGGCGUACAUCACGUGGAUCAGCCUGACCGUCUACAUCAUCCCGGUGGCGGUCCUCAGCGUGUGCUACGGCCUGAUCAGCUUCAAGAUCUGGCAGAACUUCAAGCUGAAGACCAGGAGGGAGCAGUGCAUCAGCCUGGCGCCCAAAGGUGGGAAAAGUGGCAGCACGUUGGCGCGCGUCAGCAGCGUCAAACUCAUCUCCAAGGCCAAGAUGACCACCGUCAAGAUGACGUUCGUCAUCGUGCUGGCCUACAUCGUCUGCUGGACCCCCUUCUUCUCCGUGCAGAUGUGGUCCGCCUGGGACCCGGCGGCCCCGCGUGAAGCCAUGCCGUUCAUCAUCUCCAUGCUGCUGGCCAGCCUCAACAGCUGCUGCAACCCUUGGAUCUACAUGUGCUUCGCGGGUCACCUCUUUCAGGACUUUAAGCAGAACUUCCUCUGCUGCUCUCCGCGCUACCUCAAGUCCUCGCGGUGUCGCUGCGAGCACGACUUGGACUCCAGUCACAAGAGCAACUUGUCUACCUUUGUCAUCAAGAGCACGAGCAGCCAGAGGAGCAUCACACAGACGUCCAGCACGUGAUUUCUUCUGCAGGUUGCACAUUGGACACAAUGAUGGCAUGUACAGUAAAAGGUAUUUUCAAAGUAACUGUGGACCGAGCCAGCAUUUCUAUUGAUGAUUUUUCCUGAUCUUGGAUGUACAAUGUAUAUACAGACACAA